AAAUUGAGCAGAAGCACUGAACAUCAGCUGCCUUAGUUCGCAACCAAUCGAUAUAUCUUCAUCAAUAGGUUCUUUCCAGAGUUGCGCUUUUAACCGGAAUCCGGGCACUAUUCGAAAUCUACUUUAAAACACGUAUUUACUUAAAACUAAAACCAAAACCUGUCGACAACACAUACAAUCUAGCACUUUGUAUAACUACACCUUUGAACAUUUAAAUGAACUAAACCCAAAAAAAACACUUCUUCUACCUCCCCUUUGCAAUGUACAGAUCCACUUGUUCUCAAGUGGCAAAACAAAAAUUACAUCAAAAACCAAUGAACGGUCAUGGCUGUUCAGCUUAUAUACAACCUGCCAUUGUUAAGCAAAUAUUGACCACAACAAUUUUUCAUAGAAGAAGAGAAAAGGUGUCACACAAAUUUCGACAACGAUUAGUGCAAAAUCAAAGAAAAACAACUAGUCAGCCUUUCGGGCAACUUACACCAAAAUUUAUUUAUAAAUUCACGAAUAAUUUUGUUCAGUUUUUCGCACUAAAAUCGAGAAUAAGAAUACUAGCACUAAAUUUGCGCAAAAACAACGUGUGUUAAGGGGGAAAUUUUAAGCAAAAUUCUCCGGUAAACACUGAAAUCAUCAAGGGAUAUGCUGCAAGCGUGCGCAACUUUGAGACGAGGGUGGGUCUUUCAUCUUUUCGAUCCGUUUCAUCAUCCAGUUUCCCCAGUUUCCCGCGGCUUGCUCCUAUUUGGUCCACUUCUGAUUUUUACAGUCUCACAAUCAAUAAUGACAUCGUCCUGUUGACAGACGCAUUAUAAUGGACACAGAGCCAACCGGUGACACUGUGGAUGAACUGAGGCAAAGAUUGAACAAUAUGAAGAGGUUGAUGGCCGAAAGGCAAAGAACUGGGGAUAUCGAUGAAGGGAGGAGGUCCAAUGCUGUGGGAAUCAUUGACGGGAGUUUUUUAAGCGUUGUUUUUGGCGUAGCAUUAGUAGUAAUAAUAACAGUUAGUGUGUAUGCAUUUUAUAAUCUGUAUCAUGCUAUUCUGAAGAAAUUUCCUUCACAUCACGAAGAACUUUGAAAUGUUUGUAAUUAAUUACUAUUUUGUAUAUUUGUACUGUUAUUAAAGGUUUUUUUUUUGUAUUGAAAUGAAACACAAUUUUUUGAAGAUUUUUUGUAAUUAUGUAUAAGUUAUGGACUUCAACAAAACUACAAAACAACUAUGUGGACAGUCUGAAUUUUUAUAAAUAAGUUCCUUACAAAACAAUAGUGAAGGCACAAUUUUGUUAAUGCGAUGGUGUCGCUAAAUAUACAAUGUGCACCUA